AAUUUUCAUUUAACCAUUACCUGCUUCAUCAUCUUCAUCUUCUAUUUCUUCUCCAUCUGCCGACAAUCAAACAGAUUCAAAAUUUUUGAAAGAAAUCAAGCAAAAAGGAACUUAUGGCGACUGUAACUGUGCCUCCUGUGUUAACUUCCCCUCGCGAUGAUGCUAUUCAUCUUUACCGUGCUUUCAAAGGCCUUGGCUGUGACACUGCAGCAGUCAUCAACAUUCUUGGCUAUCGGAACGCGUCGCAGCGUAGUCUCAUCCAACAAGAAUACAGAGCUAUGUAUUCUGAAGACCUCAACAAGCGCUUGGUCUCGGAGCUUCGGGGCAAUGUUGAGAGAGCGGUUGUACUUUGGAUGCAUGAUCCUGCGACGCGUGAUGCAACGAUUGUGAGAAAGGCAUUGAGUGGAGAUGUUAUUGAUCUUAAAGCUGCUACUGAAGUAAUAUGUUCUCGCACUUCGACACAAAUCCAGCAAUUCAAACAGAUUUAUUACGCAAUCUUCGGUGUUCUCCUUGAGAGUGAUAUAGAGUAUCAAGCAUCCGGAGAUCACAAGAAGUUGCUUCUUGCAUACGUGCAUACACCCCGUUAUGAAGGUCCCGAAGUCGAUAGGUUGAUGGUAGGGAAUGAUGCCAAGGCUCUCUUCAAAGCUGGGGAGAAGAAAUUAGGGACUGAUGAGAAGAUUUUCAUCAAAAUUUUUAGCGAAAGAAGUAGAGCGCAUCUGGCUGCUGUUAGUCAUGCUUACCAUAAUACGUACGGAAAUUCCUUGAAAAAGGCAAUAAAGAAAGAAACAUCGGGGUAUUUCGAGCAUGGCCUUUUGACUAUUCUACAAUGUGCUGAAAAUCCUGGGAAUUACUUUGCAAAGGUCCUACACAAGGCGAUGAAGGGACUAGGCACAAAUGACAGCACUCUGAUAAGAGUAAUUGUGACAAGGGCUGAGAUUGAUAUGCAGUAUAUAAAGGCAGAGUACAGGAAAAAAUAUGGUAAAACAUUGAACGAUGCUGUUCAUUCAGAGACCUCAGGCCAUUACAGGGCCUUUCUUCUCUCUCUUUUAGGCCCCAAUCAUUAGUCUUUGCUAGCUAAAUAAGAUAAUGUGUGAAAUUUGUUUCUUCAAUGCUUCUUUUUCUUUUUUCCUUAUUAGUAAUAUGGUUUUUCCUUGUAUAAAAAAAGGUAGAAGAGAACCUAUGAUUUUGAAACACCUAUUGUAAAAAUGUCAAUAUGUUUUAUUGGAAACUUCCACUGGGGUGUUUGGUAUAAGGAUUCGUGUCAUAAUUUGAAUUAUAGUUCGUGGUUCA